AGCGACAGUGUACAGUAUUUCUUUGACAGUAUUGACAGGAUUUCAUUAAAUGAUUAUACCCCUACUCAUCAAGAUAUUCUUCAUGCACGUAAAGCAACAAAAGGCAUAACAGAAUUCACAAUUCUUAUCAAUGAAGUGCCAUUUUGCUUUGUGGAUGUUGGGGGUCAGAGGUCACAGAGGCAAAAGUGGUUCCAGUGUUUUGAUUCUGUAACUUCCAUCCUGUUCUUGGUGUCUUCCAGUGAAUUUGAUCAAGUAUUGCUAGAGGACAGAACUACAAAUCGGCUUUUAGAAUCAAGAAAUAUAUUUGACACAAUAGUUAAUAAUCGAGCAUUUUCUGAAGUGUCUUUUAUUCUUUUUUUAAAUAAGACUGACCUUCUGAAAAGAAAAGUUGAAAGUAAAAUGUCUGAUAUUUCAUUAUAUUUUCCAGAAUUUGAAGGUGAUCCGUUCAAUUUGGAAAAUGUUCAGAGGUUUAUUCUGAAAUUAUUUGAAUCAGUUCGAAGGGACCAAAAUAAAGCAAUUUUUCAUCAUUAUACUACUGCUAUUGAUACAGAGAAUAUCAAAGUAGUUUUUAAUGCUGUAAGGGAUUCUAUAGUGCAAAAAAAUAUUACCCAAUUAAUGCUUCAAUGAAUGUUUAUCAAGAAAACUGCAGGAAGAUAUUAGUUUAGAAUAUGUUACAUUUUGUACAGUCUUUUUACAAAUUUUACUGAUUAUAGGCACAUAUUUGUUUAAUUUUUUUAUUCCUAUUUUUAAUGAAGACAUUUGUCUUCUUAGUGAAGUUUUCUUGUAAAUACAAAGUUAAAUCAAACAAAAUAAGAGCUUUACAUGUUUUUCCUAUGAAGUACUGUGGUUAUUUUUCUUUAUGAAACUAAAUAUUUUAGUCAUUUUUUUAUUUUAUAAAAUUUUAAUUUAUAUGUAUAAUUUACUUUGUUAUAAGAAGGAAAUUCCUAAUUUUUGCUUCAUUGAAAAUAUGAUUAUGAAAAAGUUAGUAUUUUAAAUUUAGUGCAAUAUUAUAGAAAAUUUAACUUUUAGCUCCUUAUUUAAUGUACAAAUAUAGUCAGUCUUUUUUUUUUUUUAAUUUAGUAUAAAAAAUAGCUAACAUAUUUUCUGUUAAACCAUUCAUGUUUAUAUAAUUAGAUUAUUUUCAGAAAAUAUUGUAAUAAGUUAUCUAAAUUUUUUUAAAAAAACCUUUUAAUUUUGGGAUGGGCGAAAUCAAAUUACUAAAAAUUUGAAGCUCCAUCAGCAUAAAUUCAAUGCUUGUAAACUGUGAUAUGAAACAGAUAUAUGGUGAUGAAUAGAAAUGAUCAUAUGGGAAAAAAUAUUUUUAAUUGAAUCAUUAUGUUAACAGCUUUCCUUGAUUUUAAAAAUGCAUAUUAGUAUAAUAGAUAAGUUUAAAAUGAGAAAAUGCAUUUUAUUAUCACAGUUCCAUUGAUUUUUUUAUGUAUAUUAUUUUCUGAAAGAUACUGCUCUUAUUCCGUCCUUGAGUUUGUAAUUUUUAUCUUAAAUACCAAGGUUUGAUUGAUGAAAAUACAUUGAUUAAUGACAAAAAAAUAUUGUAGUUCUUAAAUUUUUAGAUUAUUAUUUUAACUUACUUUAAGGAUGUUGUACCUUAAAGAUUAUCACUAGUAUAUUAAAAGAUUGCAAUGCUAAUAAAAUGCUCAUUAUUGCAUAUAUAUCAGGUGUAAUCAAGAUUAAAAAACUAAUAUAUAUCUGUAUUUAGUAUAUCUAGAAUAUUGUGUUGCAUGAAGAUUAUACUUUUUAAUAAAUUUAAAUAAUAAUUUAUUCAUCCUUCAUAUCUUUAUAAAAUUUAGAAAGUCAUUCAUUCUUAAAAAUUAAGUGAUAUAAAAUAUACUUAUUUUUCUUUCUUAUAUCCAGCUAGGAAAUUGGUAACAUAAGCUACCUUGAUGUGAAAAUAUUUCCUUGUGAUUAUCUUGGCAUAAAACUUGAAAAGCACAAAUGAAAAUUUUUGUAAAACAUCAAAGUAAUAAAAUCAGUUUAUAUACGUACUUCUAAAUUACAUUGAAGCUUCAAAAUGAAACAAAAAUACAUUAUACAAUGUGAGUGAAAAAUUUUAAUGGUUAAAAUUUUUAUUGCUUAGAGCAUUGUUUGUAAGUCUAUCAGUGUACAAUUUGAAAAAUGUUAUGUUAGACUUCAGAAAAAUUAAUUUCAUUCUAGAGCUUAUUUCAUAUUAUUUGUAUACUUAUAUUAAAUUUGAUUAUCUUAUUAAUAUAUUUAAUAAAAUUUAAUACGGCAGCAAGAAUUUCAUAAUUUCUACUUAACCUUAUAUUUGUGUGUAUAUUUUAUAUUUACAGUUUUAUCCUGUUUCCGAAUGUGACUUUUUCAUAACUUUCUUUGAAUAAAAUUUCUACUUUAUUAAAA